AUUACUUCUUCAGCCUCAGCAAAAUGGCUAAGAACAGAGUGCAUCUCCCUCCCGAAUUAAUAACGGAGAUUCUGCUGAGGUUGCCGGUGAAGUCUGUAUUAGGUUUCAGGUGCGUCUGUAAGUUAUGGCUCUCUCUCAUCUCUAAUUCCGAUUUUGCAACUUCACAUUUUCAACUUGCCUCCUCACCCACAAAUAAACUUUGCUUUUUAAAAUCAUAUUCUUCCAAUGAUCCUAAAGCCCUAAUCAUUGAUUUUGAUGCAUCGCUUAGCGAUGAUUCAUCAUAUGCUUCACUAACAUAUACGGUAUACCCCCUUUCCAAAUCCCAAUGCCUGGCGUUGGCGUGAGAGUCGGGGUCAGAAUCAGAGUGCUUCCAUGCUAAUGUAUGGCUUUGGAUACAACCCGUCAAAGGAUGAUUACUUGAUAGUUGUGGGGUCCUAUGACCCCAUUAUUUCUGAACUAGUAUCUACUUCCAUUGACUUGGAGAUUUUCUCAUUGAGGGCUAAUAAAUGGAAACAAAUUGACUCUUAUUUACCUUACAAUGAUGAUACAUUUGGAGGUGAUUUUAAAGUCGGGUUAUUCUCGAGUGGGGCUCUUCAUUGGCCACUUUAUAAUCAUGCAACUAGAAGGAAUGUUAUUGUUGCCUUUGAUUUAAAGGAAAUGACAAUCUCAGAUAUAGCUCUGCCGCAUGAUUUUUCUUGCUCUAACUCUCCUAAAUACGAUUUGUUGAUAUUUCGUGAACUUAUCAGUGUAUGGAUUGAGGAGAAGGGUAAAAUUGACAUAUGGGUGAUGCAAGAAUAUGCAGUCCAAUCAUCUUGGACUAAGACUCUUGCUCUUUCUUUGGAUUCUUCUCCAUACUUUUCCCCUGUAUGCUUUACAGAUUGUGGCCAUAUAGUUGGAAUAGAUCGUCGUCGUCGUGAAUUGGUGAAGUUUAAUGACAAAGGGCAGCUGCUCGAGGAGCAGUCUCAUCGUAACUGUUGCUUCCAAAGAUCCCAAAUGGUUGUCUAUACAGAGUCUCUGCUUUCACUCCCUAGUGGCACUGAGCAAUCUCAAGAAGAUGGCUAGCUAUAGCAAUCAAGAAGAAUGUGAUUAUAAAGUAAACAUAUCUUGCAUUUUGAACUCUUGGUACAUGAAAAAUGAUAGGCAGAAAAGUGAAACUUGAAGAUAGACCUGAGAGUAAAGUUAGUACACGUACUUAGACAUCUUUUUCUUAUUUAUCAUUAGUUUUAAUCUUUUUGCAAAUCCGUCUCAGCACUUCAAACACCAAAGCUUGUUUACUCAUUUCCAUUAGGUUGUUUAAUUCCCUUUCACUCAAUGCUUUGUUGAUUUAUGCAGCUCGAAUGGUUGAUUUUAA